AUGGCUGGCGGUGGAGGGAGGAAAGGGAAUGAUGCCGCAUCCGCUGGCGACAAGCGGGCCAAAGCCAGUGGUGGUGCUCUACCAAAGGACAAAGAAGACAGCGGUCCGCUUCCUUCUCUGGCAGAAAGGCCUAAGAGAUCAGCCACCACUGAAGAGGCCCGCCUUGCACACAUGCUAGGGGAUGACGCUGGAGAAGUCGCAAAAUGGUUGACUAAGAACUGUAAGAAUCCCGCCGCUCUCGCCAAAGCGAAAGCAGCCAUAGCAGCUGCAGCUGGACAACCUGACAGCGCCAAUGCUAAUGGCAAAAGGAACAGGCCGCAGAUGCAGAACUUGUUUGCAGAAGAUUCAAGUGAAGAGGAGGAUGAGCUGAAUGUAGAUGCUGGCGGCACUGAGGCCGCAGGCAGACGGGCACGCAGAGAGCCUUCGGUGGAGCAUUCAGGUUCCGAAUACAAAGAGGGUGAGGAUGGUGAAGAGGAGACGGAUAGUUUCGAGACGAUGACCUGGAGGAGGAGGAUGCUGCUAAGGAACUGGGUACCGAGGAGGCUGAGGAUACCGAAAAGACAUGCCUCUCUUUCGUUUCUGCAAGGUGGUGAGGUUGAUAGCGAUGCUGCCGAGGACGACCUCGCUGAACUGUUGGGAGCGAUCCCAAGGAAAGAGGCACCGCGCAAAAGGAGGAAGAAAGCUGGAAACGAUAGAGCAAUCGUCCCCGUUCAGGAUAAGAAGAGUGGAGAGUCCUGUAGCAACAUCCGUCGAAGUGCCGCAGCUAACCUGGUGCUCUCCGCGGCUUCCAAUGAAGCCGGUAUCGACCUCAACCUUUUGCUUAUGUCGCACCUGAAAAUGCAGCAGGCCCAGGUUGAGCAACUGGCGCGCAACGACAGACUGGAGAAGUCAAUGACUCAGCUCCUAAACUGCUUCAAGAAGACAAGACCAGGAUUGAGCCAGCAAAGUCCUGACCCUGCAACGUCUUCGGUUGGAGUGCCGGAGCAUCAGCUUGGGCCCCUCGAAAAACUCAAGGCAAACCCCAAGCUCCUCAGCUCCGCAAAGUCCCCAAUCAAACUCCUCGCCUCCGAUGCUGUCAACCUAAGCAUGCUCACAUCUGGAGUUGCUGACUCCGAGCUCAUGAGGAGCAACACCAAGCUCGCACUUCGAGUGGGACCAGACCCAGAGCAGGAGGAUCUCUUCGACGAGCUAUACGAAGACUUCAUCCAAGCUCACCAAAUGGACAAGUUCCGCAUGAAGAGAGGCCAAGCGGUGUCAACUAUUCGGGGAGCAGCAACAAAGUGGUACGACUUGCCUGCGACUGGGACUGAAGACUGGUCAAAGAUUACCACCGAGCUUCUCGCAGGUGACGCCUAUCGCAAGGCAGGUACGGACGCCUACGGUGACCUGCGCUUCCGUACAGUCUUGGCGAAGGCGUGUGGCGUGGACGUUGACCAUCAACCUGUACCAGAUCAGCUUGUCGUGACAUUGGCUCGGCUUGCAUUGGUCGAGGUUGUGCUGGAGCUGCAAUUCCGGGGCAUCAAGCGUUUGGAGAAGCAGGAGGCGACGAUGCUACACUUACGCGAGGAGGCUCUAGCCGGAGAGCCCCGAGUCAGUGCUUUCGUAGUUGUUGUGGCACCGGAAGACCCUACGGUCUGCCCGAUGAGGCUUCAGAGCCGUGCAGCAGAGCGCGCGAAGGCAAUGGCAGCAGCGGGAGCAAGUGAGAAUGGUUCGUCUGAGCAAGCCAACGACACCGCAGCAAACCCCGAACAGUGGUUUGAUUAG